UGAUCUUCAGCACUGCACGGACUGAUUGGAGAGUCCGCAUUCCUAACAGUACACACUCCGUGAGAAGAGUUUUCGCCUGCGAAAACGGAUGCUAAUCUGAAGGAGCUUGAUGGAUUAAUUAAAAUUAAACGAAUUAGUGACGCGGGAAUUGUUGAAGUCUCGAACAAGCGACAACAAAGGGCAACAACACAGCAAACCACAGAACUCCAGACUGAGUGGAGCCAGCAACUUCUGCGAGAGAGACGUCCCAGAGCCUCAGCACGACCACCGUAAGACUAAGCGUGGAGGAUCAGAAGACUAACGCUACAUUUUGUGGGAAGGCAGCCUCCAGAAGAGCAAUGUUGGCUUCCUUUUAAAUCGUGUGUCAGACGUUUGCUGGUGAGACCUGCUGCUACGUUCUGAUCUCAGCUCCCUCCAUUUGCACCCCCACCUCUUCCCAUCAUCGGUGUUGACCCUUCUCCGGACAGCUUGCUGGAGGGCCCUUCCUGACCAGGAGCAGCUGCGUCCUGCUUGCUGACUCCCGUUCCUCCCUUGCUUCCUGUCCUUGGUCAGACAAGGCUAAAGCCUCCUCUCCGUUUGCCCCACCCAUCAUCUCUGCUGGCCUCCUGUUCUCUGGUACACUUGUAUUCAUGCCCUCAAGCCGUUGUUCAUCGCUCAUCCAGACUUUUUAAGAGUAUUUUUGCUGUUAAGAGAUCAAAGGCGAGGAGCUUUUUAAUCGCCUAGGACAAACCGGGACUGACCAAAAAAUCCCAAAGAACCUCCUUUCCAACUAUUUCAUAGCUGGCAGCAUGACUUCAAUGUCAAGUCUGUUCUCUUUUACCAGUCCUGCAGUCAAACGGCUGCUCGGCUGGAAGCAAGGGGAUGAGGAGGAGAAAUGGGCAGAGAAGGCAGUGGAUGCGCUUGUGAAGAAACUGAAGAAGAAGAAGGGCGCCAUGGAGGACCUGGAGAAAGCCCUGAGCUGUCCGGGACAACCCAGCAAAUGUGUUACCAUUCCAAGAUCGCUGGACGGUCGGCUCCAGGUUUCCCACAGGAAAGGCCUCCCUCAUGUCAUCUACUGCAGAGUGUGGCGCUGGCCGGACCUGCAGUCCCACCAUGAGCUAAAACCUCUGGAGGUGUGCGAGUACCCAUUUGGCUCCAAACAGAAGGAGGUCUGCAUCAACCCUUAUCACUACAAGCGAGUGGAGAGUCCUGUCCUGCCACCUGUCCUGGUACCGAGGCACAGCGAAUUCAACCCACAGCACAGCUUGCUUGUACAGUUUCGUAACCUCACCCAUAACGAGCCACACAUGCCCGGGAACGCCACCUUUCCAGACUCCUUCCCGCAACCACACAGCGGCAACAGCAACGGAGGAGGAGGAGGAUCUUUCCCCAUUUCUCCAAAUUCUCCAUAUCCUUCUUCUCCAGCCAGCAGCGGUACCUAUCCAAACUCUCCAGCCAGCUCGGGGCCUUCCAGUCCAUUCCAACUCCCAGCUGACACCCCGCCCCCGGCCUACAUGCCCCCCGAGGAGAAGCUGGGUCAGGACAGCCAGUCCAUGGAAACGAGCAGCGGCAUACCUAGAGAUGUUCAACCAGUGGAAUAUGAGGAGCCGAGCCACUGGUGCUCUAUUGUCUACUAUGAACUAAACAACCGCGUCGGAGAGGCCUACCACGCCUCGUCCACCAGCGUGCUAGUGGACGGCUUCACCGACCCCUCCAACAACAAGAACCGCUUCUGCCUCGGACUGCUGUCCAACGUCAACCGUAAUUCCACCAUCGAGAACACCCGCAGGCACAUCGGCAAAGGUGUGCACCUGUACUACGUGGGAGGAGAGGUGUACGCAGAGUGUCUGAGCGACACCAGCAUCUUUGUCCAGAGCCGUAACUGUAAUUACCACCACGGCUUCCAUCCCACCACCGUGUGUAAGAUCCCAAGUGGAUGCAGCCUGAAGAUUUUUAACAACCAGGAGUUUGCUCAGCUCCUGACUCACUCGGUGAAUCACGGCUUUGAGGCCGUGUACGAGCUCACCAAGAUGUGCACUAUAAGGAUGAGCUUUGUCAAGGGCUGGGGAGCAGAGUAUCACCGACAGGAUGUGACCAGCACCCCCUGCUGGAUCGAGGUGCACCUGCACGGGCCUCUCCAGUGGCUGGAUAAAGUGCUGACACAGAUGGGUUCACCUCUGAACCCCAUCUCCUCUGUGUCCUAAUAACAGACUUCUGGGAGCUUAGAAGACCUUCUACCUUUCUGUUUUCUAUUAUCGUUUUUAUCUUUUUAACCUCCCCUCCUUUACCAUCAUUUGUAAUUUAAAGCUGUCUUACAGGCUGAACUGUUUACACUUACCUUUGGAAGGGAUGUAAAACUCUCACAGGAAACGAUCAACAGUCUCAGCUAGAAUCCAGUUCAUAUAUGUAAUUAAAAAAAAACAAAUGUUGCAAGAAAAUAUCUUGAGGAAAACCCAAGUUA